GCAUAUAUUGUUCUGGAAUUUACUUGUUUCAUAAACUCAUAGAAAUAUUAUUUCCAUCAUAAGUGUUAAAUUUAUUAAUCCAACUUAAGUAUAGGGAAAAUGGAGAAGGUAAUAUCAUCAGGUUCAUUCAAGCUGCAGCCUCCAACUUAUGGUAAACUCAUAACAGUUUUGAGCAUCGAUGGGGGUGGCAUUAGAGGAAUUAUUCCAGCUACCAUUCUUGAGUAUCUUGAAUCUCAACUCCAGGAAUUGGAUGGUGAAGAUGCAAGAAUUGCAGAUUAUUUCGACAUAAUUGCAGGAACAAGCACAGGUGGUCUUGUCACAGCCAUGCUAACAGCUCCAAACAAAGACAGUCGUCCUAUGUUUGCUGCUAAGGACAUUAAGCCCUUCUAUCUUGAACAUGGUCCCAAGAUAUUCCCACAGAACAGGAUGAUAAUGUUUGGAUCAAUAAUGAAGACAUUGAAAUCUCUAAUAGGACCAAAGUAUGAUGGGAAAUAUCUUCACCAAGUCAUAGAGGAGAAAUUGGGGGAGACUCCUUUGCAUGAGACUUUGACUAAUGUGGUUAUUCCAACUUUUGAUAUCAAGAAUUUACAGCCAACAAUGUUCUCCACUUUUGAGGCCAAAGAAAAACCAUUGAUGGAUGCUCGACUUUCCGAUAUAUGCAUUAGCACAUCAGCUGCUCCUACCUAUCUUCCUGCACAUUAUUUUCGAACUCAAGAUAAAGAUGGAAACUUUCAUGAGUUCAAUCUCGUUGAUGGUGGAGUUGCAGCUAAUAAUCCAGCCCUUGUUGCUAUAAGCCAAGUGACCAAACAAAUAAUGACUGGAAAUCCAGAUUUUUUCCCAAUCAAACCCAUUGAUUAUGGAAGAAUUUUGGUGAUUUCUAUAGGCACUGGAUCAGAUAAAGUGGCACAAAAAUAUAAUGCAAAAAUUGCAUCAAAAUGGGGUAUCUUGGGAUGGCUACGUAAUGGAGGUUCAACUCCAAUUGUGGAUGUAUUUACUCAAGCCAGUGGUGAUAUGGUUGAUUUUCAUAUUUCUGUUGUCUUUCAAGCUCUUCAUUCUGAAGAAAAUUACCUUCGUAUUCAGGAUGACACAUUAAGUGGAACAGACUCCUCUGUUGACAUAUCAACCAAACAGAACAUGGACAAAUUGGUUGAAAUUGGAGAAAAUUUAUUGAAGAAACCAACUUCAAGGGUAAAUCUUCAAACAGGCCUAUUUGAAGAAUACAAAAAUAGUGGCACAAAUGAAGAAACCUUGAAAAGGUUUGCGAAGUUGCUUUCAGAAGAAAAAAGACUCAGGGAUGCCACGUCACCUCAUACGAAUAAAUCCUCAGAGUAGCACAUCAUGUAAUUUGUUUGGAGCACAAAGAAAUUAACCAUUGUGUUUAAUUAGCUCAGUAUAUAUUCUACUUUAAAGCUAUAAUUUGUAAUAGAUGGAGUGUGAAAUUCGAUUCGUGUAUGUUUGAUGUACAAUUUAAUUCAAUUUGUGUAUGUAUAACGUAUAUUGUAACUCAAAUAAUAAUAGAUAAAAAUGUGAAAUUCAAUUCGUGUAUGUAUGACGUAGAAUGCAAUUCAAUUUGUAUAUGUAUAAUGUUUAUUGUAAUUCAAUUCGAGUAAAUAUGAUAUUUUCUCUGCUUUAGUUUGUU